UUCAGGCUAAUAGGUAAACUAAAGAAGGGAUGGUAUUCGAAUAUAAUGCUUCUCCUUCUUAUUCUUAUCCCUACUUAUGACGUCUCUAGUUCAUAUUUACCAAGACGUACGUCAAUGCACUGAGUUUCAUUGGCAUUUUCCCAAUCGCUUUAAAAACACGUAUGGUAAAAAGACAAAUCUCUGCAGAUCACUUAUUUCCAAAAAUGCCAACCUCAUAACAACCUAUGUUCGCAUGUGUCCCACGCUACUUCCAUAAUAAGUUUUGAGUAUUCUGAUACGGUCCCUGACACCCGUUCACGCACGGGCGUUGAUAACUUGUCCCCAGCUUUGACAUCGACACAGUGGACGGGUGAACUCAUAAACAGAAGGCUCGUUGGAGCGGGUGCAGGCGCAUUGUGGAAUCAUCUCGAGAAAUACUUUGAUCAGCAGGUCCGUGAGCUAAGAAACCACGGCAUUUGAAACAAGACGAGAUCUGCUUCGCUGACUAUGAGAGAAGACAUUUAGCAAGUGCGGUUUCAUCAUGGCUGAUAGCUGAUCAGGUCUGGUGCAGCAAUAAACAUAAAAAAGGUUACCUCAACUGUGGCAUCGAAGAGUUUCUAAAUUCCGGUGCGUCACCAUGACGUCAUUUUACGCCCAACUUCCCCGACGUCCGCACAAGAAGCUGCCCAGGUCAGUGACCCCAGUCAUCGACGCCAACUCAGAGGCUCGUUUCACAGCCCCGCCCCUCGACCUGUCAUUCAAACACAUCGGCACGCUCACCAUGGACCUAUCAGAGUGGGCGGAAGAACCACGCAACAACUCCAAGAGUCUGCGCAAAACCGACGAAGGAAAGUACGCAUGCGUGUCUCUCAAACUUAACAACAACCUGAUCCAAGAUUGGAACGGAUUCGAGGGCUUCGUGACGUCACUGAUCAGCGACGCCCAGGAGUUGACCUGGCUUGACCUUUCCUUCAACUACUUGGUCAACGUGGAUGACGUCAUACUGAAAUUCCCCAAUUUGAAGAUACUGUAUCUCCAUGGCAACGGCGUGGAGGAUCUUAAAGAGGUCGAGAAACUGGCGUGCUUGCCGAAGUUGAUGAGCUUGACUCUCCAUGGCAACCCAGUGGACAGUGAGCGAGGGUACCGUCACUAUGUCCUGACCAAGAUUCCCCAACUGAGGGCGCUAGACUUCAGUCGUGUGACCAAAGCCGAACGUGAGACAGCCCAGACGAUGGUGAACUUUCUUGGGUAUGGAAAAAAGAAGGAAAAGAAGAGAAGGCGGCCAAAAACAUUCUAAGAACGUUUUACAUCUUCCAAAAAAUAUCCUGAAAUUAUUUUGUAUGCGGCGAAGUAGCGUAAGCGCGGAUUUGUAAUAUAGAGUUGUAAUUUAAUUUGUAUAUAAAUCAAGCUUCAACUUUUGCAGUUUUGUGACCCAUUGUUGUCUCGUGCCAUUUUUUAAUCUUCUGAAAAUUGAUCUGCCACUAAGAAUUUUUUUUUUCAUCAAUCUGGUUUUGAUUGCAAAGAGCUAGGGGUCUGGGGAUAAUGAACAAGACGGACAAAAAUUCCACCAAAUUUCCCUCCAGAUUAUGAACCACAAGGUCGACGUCAGGUUGAUACAGUUCCUGGAGGAAAAUAUGGAGGAAUCUGGUUUUGAUUGCAAAGAGGGGUCUGGGGAGGACUAAGACGGACAAAAAUUCCACCAAAAUUCUCUCCGAUUGUCGACGUCAUGUUGAUACAGUUCUUGGAGGAAAACUAUGGGUCUUAAGUUUGGGUUGAGUACAGACGUACGCAUCUGUGUUAAUAAGGACCAUAAUGUUGCCCCUUUGGGUUGCUUGAGAUGUAAAGGAAGAUGCUUGGUAGACAAAUGGCAAACAGGAAAGAUAUUAAUAAAAUAGUCUGAAUAAAUAUAACUCCAGAAUGAAUGGUAA